GCGGUGCGACCAUAGACCUCGUUUCCAUCUCCCAGCUUUACCAGUGGCGACGACAACACCAAUCCAACAUGGGACACGCAGAAGAUGACAUUGGCCUAGACAGCCGGGAAGUGGGCUCCAGGGAGAACUUGCUCGAGGUGAAACCCAUCAAAACGUGGAAGGGCUACCUCUGGGACACAUGGGAGCUUCCUAAGGACCAACGCUGGUUGCUGUUCAAGUUGGACGCGUUCGUGCUCACCUUUGCCUCGGUCGGAUACUUCCUAAAGAAUCUCGAUCUAUACAAUGUCAACAAUGCUUUCCUUAGUGGCAUGGAAGAAGACCUGUCGAUGUACGGCAAUCAACUCGUGACCUCUACGUCCAUCUACACAGUCGGCUAUGUCAUUGGGCAGAUACCGUGCAAUUUGCUGCUGACCCGGGUGUCGCCACGGUGGGUCAUACCUGCACUCGAGGUAGGCUGGGGAGUAUGCACCAUCUGUCAAGCGUCCGUAAAGUCAUACCAGGGCCUCUAUGCCUUGCGGUUCUUCGUAGGGCUCUUCGAAUCUGGCUUCUAUCCGGGCAUCCAUUACUUACUCGGGUCAUGGUACACCCCGCAGGAGCUUGGCAAGCGUGCUAUGGUAUUUUGGCUCGCCGGCUCGAUCGGGCAGCUCUUUAGCGGUUUCCUGCAAGCGGCUGCCUACACGAACCUGAACGGCGUGGACGGCCAUUCGGGUUGGAGAUGGCUAUUUAUCAUAGACGGCAUUAUCACACUGCCGCUCGCCGCAAUCGGCUUCCUUUUCUUCCCCAAUCUACCGCAGGGCGGGAAGAAGACGUGGUGGACAACCGAGGAGGAGCACAUUCUUUCAGUCAAGCGUAUGGAUGCUAUUGGGCGCAAAGGAAAGGAGCCCUGGUCAAAGGCUAAGGCCAGGAGAAUCUUGCUGAGCUGGCACACCUACCUCCUUCCGAUGUUGUAUGUCCUCUGGAAUAACGCCGGGCCGCAGCCAGCCAUGGGAUACUGGCUGAAGAGCUUCAACAAGAAGCCUCAUCCUGUCCCCGGCACUACUUUCACAGUGCCGCAGAUCAAUAACCUUCCUCUUAUCACAUCCGGUGUCUUCAUCGCUAUGGCUUUCGUUUGGGGCUGGCUUUCCGAUGGACCUAUGCGCGGCGCACGCUGGCCCUUCAUCUAUAUCGGCGCGGUCAUUUCGCUCGUCUUCUGUGUUCUCAUGCGUCAGAUGCCGCUGUACGAAAAUAUCUAUGGCCGUAAAGUUGUCUAUUGGCUUAGUCAAAUUGGCUGGGGCGCCGGUCCACUCAUCCUUAGCUGGAUCAACGAGAUCUGCUCGAACGACACGGAGAAGAGAGCGUUGCUUGUCGCAAUGGGCAACGACUUUGCGUAUGUCGUGCAAGCGGUUGCACCUAACUUUGUAUGGAAAACAACAGAUUUCCCGGCCGCGAGGAAGGGAUACCUGUGGAGUAUCGUCCUGGAGAUACUGCUCAUCGCCCUGACUGCUGUCGUUCAGGUUCUUCUCUGGCUAGAUAAAAAGAAAGCGGCCAGCAAAGCACGUGUGUUCGACGGCUCGUUGCCAGGCUCGCAAGGUAGUGAUAGCCCACCACUGCAGGCAAGCGAUAUCGAUGAGAAGAGGGUCGAUCGCACUGAAGUCAACCCGGUUGGUCUGCGCUAGACUGCGAAAAUAUUGGUUCUAAAAACGCUGAUGUUCGACCCUUUUCUUGAUGGUGGUAGUGUUUCCACGAAUUCCUAUGCCGGAAUGGAGUUGAAGAGCGCUAAGUGCUAUUUGUUAGCUAUACAGUAUAACCUCGGUAUUACGAAUCGCAAUAUAACAAAUUCACAUAAUAAUGAACACGCGUGCUCUCACAGAGGGCGAGAAAACGGAAGCAGAGAGGCCUGCAGGCAACCGAGCAAGAGCCAGUAAACACAUGGAAUCACGUGACCGAUUUCUGAUAUCCUGGGCCUUAAUGGAACGACUCCUAGCAGAGCCUAGUAGCAGUCCUUUUAGGUAGUAAGAGAUUGAACAAUAC